AUGGAAGACCUGGCUCUACGAGCAGGCCCACAACCAGUGGACGGGGUUGACCCUGGUCGUAAUGUGGUGCGCCGGGCUCGAAGCACUCCCUCUCACUCCCACCCCCCUGUCGCCUCUCCCUCACACCCCGCCAUCGCCCACUCCCUCCCACCCCACCGUCGCGACUCCCUCCCAUCCUGCCGCCGCCUCUUCUCCCAUACCGCCGUCGCCUCUCCCUCCAUCCCGCCGUCGCCUCCCCUCCAUCCCGCCGUCGCCUCUCCCUCCAUCCCGUCGUCGCCCCGCCUCCAUCCCGCCGUCGCCCCGCCUCCAUCCCGCCGUCGCCUCCCCUCCAUCCCGCCGUCGCCUCUCCCUCCUCCCCGCCGUCGCCUCUCCCUCCGCCCCGCCGUCGCCUCUCCCUCCUCCCCCGCCGUCGCCUCUCCCUCCUCCCCGCCAUCGCCUCUCCCUCCUCCUCACGGUCGCCUCUCCCUCCUCCCCGCCGUCGCCUCUCCCUCCUCCCUGCCGUCGCCUCUCCCUCCUCCCCGCCGUCGCCUCUCCCUCCUCCCCGCCGUCGCCUCUCCCUCCUCCCCGCCGUCGCCUCUCCCUCCUCCCCGCCGUCGCCUCUCCCUCCUCCCCGCCGUCGCCUCUCCCUCCUCCCCGCCGUCGCCUCCGGCGACAGGUGCACGAGCGCAACCGCGAGUUGGUGCGCGAGCGCGGAUUGGUGCGCCAGCGCGGGUUGUUUUCCAAGGCACCGUGGUUAUCAGGUGCGUUCCCGGUCCUUUCAUCCUCCUUCCACCCUCAGAAUUUUCCCCCUUUUUUUUUUUGCUCUCUUCGUAA